UACAUUUGUCACAACAUAUAAGAAGAGAACAAAAACACUAGAAAGACCCUCUGAAAAUAAAACUAUAAAAUCGCGAGAAAAAAAAAUCCAAGUAAAACGAUUAAAAUAUCGGCAAAUAAGAUUGAAUCGAAAAUAUAGAGAACGCUACGGUAUAACGUGGGAUAAAGAAAAAAUGUGUUUUUGUCGAAAAAAAUAGAUAGUCGAGUUCGAUCGGGCACAAUGAGAUAUUGUUUCGGAAUGAUUAUUUUGAUUUUGUUGAAUGAAUUGUACGAAAUCGUAGCUGUAGAUAUAGAUUGUAGCACAUCGUUGCGGACAGGACAAUACAUGUGCCCCGAUCCAUCAAUAAAUCACAUCGAUGCAAAGACACAGCAACCAAUCGGUUGCACCAAAAAUAAUGUCGCAAAAGUGUGGUGCAUAGCUGCUGACGGUAUUGUUUGUAGCGAAACAAAAAAUGCAUCGUUCAAAGGUGAAAUCCCGUGCCGAUGGACAAAUGGAUACCACUUUGAUACAGCGUUACUGUUAUCGAUAUUCCUAGGAAUGUUUGGUAUCGACAGGUUUUACUUGGGCUAUCCAGCAAUUGGACUGCUCAAGUUUUGUACGUUUGGUUUUAUGUUUCUGGGCCAAUUGGUGGACGUGAUUCUGAUAGCAACGCAAAUGGUUGGACCGGCCGAUGGAUCCGCAUACAUAAUAUCCUAUUACGGACCUGUUUUAUCUGUGAUACGUAGUGAUAAUGCAACAUAUCGUCGACCUCAAAGCGAUUGGUGAGAAUAAUACCCCAUCAACGCACAACACACUAACCAUAGGCAAUUUGGAUCCACGGCGACGAUAUAUUGUGCGAACACGAACAAUUCAAUUCAACUCUCAUGCUUUGUUUGACUGUACCUGCCCGCCUCAAUUGUGUGCGGUCAAUCUUUCCAAAAUGUAAUUUAAACAAAACAAAAAAAUAAUAGGCUUAGGAGAUGGUCCUUCUGAUUGAGACACAUUGAGCUGAAACCAAUGUAAAGCUGAAUUUAAACACACAAAAAAUGCAGAUAAUAAAGUUUUUAACUUUUUAGUUGUAGAGAGAAAUCAAAUAAACGAGUUUCAUUACA